GGGGAGGAAAGGGAGGGGCGGAAAUCGAGAGCGUGUGCUCAGCUGCAUGACUCACUCAUGAGUGCUGCUGGGAGAAAAAGUCUAGACUUUCAUCAUAGACAGUAGACGCAGUUUCAACAGACCCACACGCAGCUUACAUUUCAAAUUUAAGUCAGCAAGUUUGGGUUAGUUUUCUCUACCUUGACGUCAGCGAAACAGUUUGGUGUGUGACCCGCUCCGCUGCGCCCAGAUUCAGAUAUGGUGCCAUCGCCAACACUCUCCACGUAUAUGAACACAAAUGUGACAGAGGAUAUGGGGCCUUUAACAUCCCUUCCUACACAAGCAGACACCACCAUGAUUCAGGGGUUAACAACAGCAGCCCCUGCCAGUCCAGACUCCGCAGUUGUAGCAGGGGUUAUUGUUCUCAUCCUGCUGACGGUCGCUGCUUUGGGCUUCCUGCUUUACCGGUAUCUCUGCCACAACAAAGGAGACUACAGGACGACAGGGGAGGCAGCUCCGGGGGAUGACCCCGAUGACGAGUACAAUAACCAAGCUGCGAGCGAAAAGAAGGAAUACUUCAUAUGAACCUGGUAAAGACUUACAGAGAGUGAGUGAAGAAAGACAAAAGGGUCUGUAAAAGACUAAAAAGGAUAUAGGACUUUUUUUUUUUUUUUUUUUAAUGCAUCUGUGUUUUGAGGGGAGGCCGCGACUUUCUGCACACGGGGCAGAGAAAAACCUUGUUUUAGAUUUUGUUGUGGGAAAAAAAUGCAGAGGCGCUCAAGCAAUACCAAAGAUAAGAUUGUUACAGUAAGAGUGAAUAUUAUUGAUGAAUGAGGAGCGGGUGACCGACAACAGGUGUGUGUUGAGAUUAGCAGAGCUAGGCAUGAAACAGGUGGUGGGAUUUUAGUGUGCCACAGUUACAGGAUCAGUUAAUACUCAGCAGGAAUCAAAAUGUAAGGCAUUUGUCUGCUACACUGUUUAUCAGCCAAGUUUUAGGCCUCUAGUAUCUGCAAUACGCUGUUUUAUUCAGACCGUUUUCUAUUCUUUUUUUUACACCAAACAAACCUUGUGCAAGACGUGUUGUGAAGCCAUUGGGGGAAGUUACUUCUAUAUUGAUAUGCCUUUUACAAUUAUAGUUUUUCUAUGUAAUUAUUUUAUAAGCUAAAAAAACAAUGUUCUCCUUUUGAAUUCAGGACAGCCUAAACAUUAUUUGUUGUAUUUGAUUGUGUUGUACCUGGUUUUGUAUUAUUUCUUGCCAGACACAGUAACAGAUGACUUCCCUAUUUGAGACAAAUAUGGAAGGCAAUAAAACUUGAUUUUGGACUAGUGCCAUUGUACAGUGUGACCGCUUACAGUGGUGUUUAAUGCAUUUCGAAAUAGGCAAUGUCAGGAGCCCACAAUCUGACUUUGAAUGGAUGAUCAAUGCACAAAGAGUUGAAAUGUUUGAGAACAUACAGCACAGAAUCCCACUAUAAUGAAGCUUAUGCUCAGUAUUUGUUGACUUUUAAGAGUCGACUGACAAAAUAUUAAGACACACCUUCGAUAAAUGACAAACCACAGCUUCAAAUGAUAAUAGCUGUGAAUUAAAAUCUGACGGUAUCAACAAGAACCGAAUUUAAUAAGCUUCAUCAAAGGUGUGAUUUAUUGUGGGUUGUUGGAUUAAAAUGUGGUGGACGCGAUAAACUGGUGACUCGGUGUAAUGCUAGGUUGAUUGUGACAAAAAUACAGAUCCAUAUUUGACUCAAUACCUUUUUAUAUCAAAGUGACAAUAUUUUGGUUAUUGAUUCUUUCAUACAGUAUGUAUACUAAACUAAGGUGGGUGAUAAUUAGUUAUGACAAAAAAAAUCUUUAGUGAUAUAGGUAUGAAGGCCAAGCAAGUAGAAGCAUCCACUCAAACAAUCAAGUAAGUUGGUGAAACGAUCAAUUACCUGUGAUGCAGUCCGGCCAGCGAAAGACAACAUUUAAGCUAUAAUCACAACAAAACAAUAACCAAAAUCCCAGAUGUUAUCUCAGGUCACAGUCUUGAAAUAAAAA